UUAACAAAAAAAAUAAUAAGGAAGAAGAAAAGAUCAGAUUUUUCUUUCUUUCUUUUGAUUGUUUCCUCACUUUGCUUGAUUGCUUCGUAUUGGAAUAAUCUCAAGAAUUUCGAGGCAGCCAUGGCUGUCUCCUUUCUUAUCAUCUUUUCUUCUUUCCCCCAAUUUCAAAGAUCAUUGAGAAGCUAUGAAGAACAACGGGAUUACUAGUAGGCCUGAGAAGUUGCAUUUACGCAAACUAAGACAAAGUCUGAGGAAGAUCAGAAUGAAGUGUUUGUGUUCUGGUGAACAAAUGAGACUUAGAGAGGAUGAAGACGACAAGAAAUCUGAGCUUGGAGCAGGCAGAGACUACAAUGGGAGCUCAGCUUUAUCAGCUGCGGAUAGCGACAAUGCUAAGAAACUAGAUAAUGGCAACAUUGAAGAAGCCGAGUUAUCUCUCCGUGAGACAAGUUCGUUGAACUAUGAGGAGGCGAGAGCGCUUUUGGGAAGAAUUGAGUAUCAGAAAGGGAAUAUAGAGGCGGCAUUGCGAGUCUUUGAAGGGAUAGAUAUCAAUGGGAUUACAGUUAAGAUGAAAACUGCUCUAACCGUUAGAGAAGAACGAAAACAUAGAAGACGGUCUAAAGGCGGCUUUGCUGCUACUCCUCAGUCUUCCAUGUCUAAACAUGCUGUUAGUUUGCUUUUCGAAGCCAUUUAUCUCAAAGCCAAAUCUCUCCAGCGUCUUGGAAGGUUCCAAGAAGCUGCACAGUCUUGCAGAGUUAUUCUUGAUAUUGUCGAGGCCUCUUUAUCGGAAGGAGCGUCUGAAAAUGUGACUGGCGAUAUUAAAUUGCAGGAGACGCUGAUGAAAGCGGUCGAGCUGCUUCCCGAAUUGUGGAAGCUUGCUGAUUCACCGCGUGAUGCUAUUUUGUCGUAUAGACGAGCACUUCUCAAUCACUGGGAAAUCGAUCCAGAAACCACGGCGAGAAUUCAGAAAGAAUAUGCUGUGUUUCUCCUCUAUUCCGGGGAAGAAGCAGUGCCACCAAACCUGCGUUCUCAGACUGAGGGCUCAUUCAUUCCAAGGAACAAUGUGGAAGAAGCUAUUCUUCUUCUGAUGUUACUUCUCAUGAAAGUUAAUUUGAAAAGAAUCGCGUGGGAUGCGGCAAUCUUGGACCAUCUCUCGUUCGCUCUUACAAUCGCAGGCGAUCUUACUGCUCUUGCUAAGCAACUCGAAGAGCUUAGCCCCGAGAUCAUGGAUCAGAGGGAACUUUAUCAUACAUUAUCGCUGUGUUACCAAGGUGCAGGGGAAGGUCUUGUCGCGCUUGGUUUACUGAGGAAGCUAUUUUCGGAACGGGAGGAUCCAAACCGGAUUUCUGGUUUGCUGAUGGCUUCCAAGAUAUGCGGUGAGAGAGCUGGUCUCGCUGAGGAAGGCUUGGAUUAUGCCCGCAGAGCGAUCGAAAACUUGGGGAGAGAAUGCAGUCAGUUAGACGGAGCAGCACGUCUUGUUUUAGGGAUUACGCUCACAGAAAGCUCGAGAAUGGCGGUCACUGAGACCGAGCGGAUAGCUAGGCAAUCUGAGGGGAUUCAGGCACUAGAAUCUGCAGAUUUGACAAACCCAAGAGUUGUGCACCGUCUUGCUUUAGAGAAUGCAGAGCAGAGGAAGCUGGAUUCUGCGUUAACAUAUACUAAACAGGCGUUGAAACUUGGAGCAGAGUCAGAUCUUGAAGUAUGGUUGCUUUUGGCUCGGGUUUUGUCUGCGCAGAAACGGUUUUCAGACGCGGAGACCAUCGUGGAUGCUGCGCUUAACGAGACAGGGAAAUGGGAACAGGGGAAGCUGUUGCGUCUGAAGGCAAAGCUUCGUUUAGCUAAAGGGGAAGUGAAGGAUGCGAUUAAGACUUACACACAACUUCUCGCACUCCUUCAGGUUCAGAGCAAAAGCUUCAAUUCUGCAAAGAAGUUGCCGAAGGGAUAUGUAGAAGUAUUGAAGAGUCUGGAGCUUGGGACGUGGCAUGAUCUGGCUCAUAUAUACAUAAACCUCUCGCAAUGGCAUGACGCAGAGUCAUGUCUCUCGAAAUCAAGACUUAUCGCGCCUUACUCUUCUGUUCGAUACCAUACCGAAGGUGUAUUGUACAAGAGACAAGGGCAAAUAGAAGAAGCAAUGGAGGCGUUCAGAACCGCUCUAGACAUUGAUCCUAUGCAUGUCCCAAGCCUAAUAUCGAAGGCUGAGAUCCUACUGGAGCUUGGUAACCGAUCAAGCAUAGCGGUUGUAAGAAGCUUUCUAAUGGAGGCUCUUAGGAUUGAUAGGCUGAACCACUCGGCUUGGUACAAUCUUGGAAAGAUGUUCAAAGUCGAAGGAUCCGUCUCGUCUAUGCAAGAAGCCGUCGAUUGUUUUCAAGCCGCCGUUACACUGGAGGAAACAAUGCCAGUGGAGUCAUUCCGAUGAUUUUGCCGUCUCAAAACAUAUAUAUUUUUUUUGUAUUUGGUUAUGAUUUCUCUUCUUCUGAUUUUUUUGUGUGUUUUUUUUUUUUAUAGAGGAAUAGAAGAUAUAAAGAUGUAUGUGAGGUAUCAUUUGAUGUCAAGUUUAUAAACAUUCUGUAAUACACAUUUAAACAAAGAUUAAUAUAGGGUUGGUGAGGUUCAUCUUGUAAA